AAAAAACUUAAACAUUUCAGUAAAAGCAACAACUACAACCCUCAUGAUGAUGAUGAUGAUUACCAUAAAAAAAGUUCGCAAUUAACCGGUUUUAAUGUUGAGCUCUCCGAGAGUCUGCCAUUGCAACGUUUAAUACCAGAUACAAGACACAAAAGCUGUAAAACCGAACUAUAUCCAGCCCACUUACCAAGCUGCUCAAUUAUAAUAAUUUAUCACAAUGAACAGGUCACUGUAUUGCUAAGGACACUUUAUACAAUUAUAAAUCAAACACCCCUGGAGCUGCUAAAAGAAAUUAUAUUAGUCGAUGACUAUAGUGAGCCGAAUAUAGAAAUCGAUCAGCACAUAGAGACACAAUUCCCAGAUAUAGUCAAAAUAAUACAUCUUCCCCAAAGAGAAGGAUUGAUUAGAGCCCGUUUGAGAGGAGCCAAAGUUGCGCAGGCAGAAGUUUUAGUAUUUUUAGAUGCCCAUGUUGAAGUCAAUGAGAAUUGGUUGCCUCCCCUACUAACGCCCAUUGAAGCAGAUGCUCAAACAUGCACCACCCCCAUUAUUGAUAUUAUAAAAUAUGAUACUUUGGAGUAUCAGGGUUCUAUGCCCUCGAGAGGAGGUUUCAACUGGCAGUUUAAUUAUGUACAAUUGCCUUUGCUGCAGGAGGAGAAAGAUUUGCAGCCUAGAGCUCACAAUAAUCCCAUAAUGAAUGGUGGCCUAUUUGCCAUUAGAAAGGAUUAUUUUUGGUUAUUGGGAGGCUAUGAUGAGGGUUUAGAGAUCUGGGGUGCCGAACAAUUUGAAUUGAGUUUUAAAUUGUGGCUGUGUGGUGGCCGGCUUUUGGAAGUGCCCUGUUCUAGGGUGGGUCAUUUGUAUCGAGAUCCGGAAUUUAGGGUAAACUAUACUGCCACAGAAGAUGAUUUUAUUUCCAAAAACUACAAAAGAGUAGCUGAAGUCUGGAUGGAUGAAUACAAGGAGUUUUUGUAUGAACAUAUACCCAAACUUAAUCAAAUCGAUGCUGGCGAUCUAAGUCAACAAAAACUAUUACGAAAACAGCUAAAUUGCAAACCCUUCAAAUGGUUUCUUAACAAUAUAGCGCCCGAUCUGUUAAAAGCUUAUCCACCACUCAAGCCCAAUGAUUUUGCAUGGGGUGCCAUACAAAGUCUGGCUGUACCCAAGCUCUGCCUAGACUUAGGUUCCACCGAAAGACGCCAGAUUUUAAAAGAUGCUUUAAAACCCUGCUCACCUGAUCUUAAAUAUCCUUAUGUUAAACAAAAAUUUCAUUUAAGUUUCCGGCAUGAUCUGCGCCAUCAAGGCAACUGCUUAGAAGUUCAAUCUUGGUCUUCUGCAGCCCCCAUUUGGUUAUGGCCUUGCCAUAACUUAGGCGGUAAUCAAUAUUGGUAUUAUGAUCGCAAUACCCAAAUGCUGGUACAGGGAAAGGCUGAUUAUACAAAACGUUGUUUAGACUUGGACAGAGAUAGUCUUAGGAUUUUUGUAAGCUAUUGUGAUUUUGCUAAAAUAGAACAGAAAUGGCAAAUAGGUUAUGUUAAUCAAACGGCCAUGGAUCAUUUCUUUGAGGAGUGAGUAAAUAAAGUCAAAAAACUAAUAAA